UAGAACUUUUUUAGUAAACUGCUUUUCUCGGGUAUCUGACACUGAAAUAAAAGUUUAAUAAUUUAAAAAUUUUCUGUAGUUCAUCAGACUGGACUCAUAGUGCCGCUGUUGGUCAAUCUGUCAGUUUAUAGAGCAGAUCUGCUGCAGUUCCACCCCCAUCAUCUCCAUAUUAUUAGAGAGAGAGACAGAAGCUGAGAGCGCAGUCUGAAGAGGAGAGAGAAGGACAAUCACGGAGAUACUGUAUUUAAUACAAUUCUCUUGGAUUACAGACUUUUCUUGUUCUUUUCACUUUGGAUAUAUUCAUGAUCUCCUCCAGCAUUUUGGAUUGAUUUCUUUGCUUUCUGUCUUAAUCUUCAUCCCGUGAUCUUCUGCAAAAUGUCGGACAGAACAAUGGCGCGGCAAGUACUGCUGUUUAUUUGGUUUCUCUCUCUCAGUUCAGCUCUCGGGCAGGUCAGUUACUCCAUUCCUGAAGAAAUGGCGAAAGGCUCUUUAGUCGGGAACAUAGCGCAGGAUUUGGGUUUAGAUUUAAAGAGACUGAAAUCGGGUAAAGCGCGUAUUUAUACAGGAGACAGCGCUGAAUACAUCGAGCUGAAUAAAGAAAGAGGAGUCCUCCUUAUCAAAGAGAGAAUAGACCGAGAGGCGCUAUGCGGACAGACAACGCCUUGCGCGCUGCAUUUACAGAUUAUUCUGGAAAACCCGAUGGAAUUUUAUUCGAUCACAGUAGAGAUUACAGAUAUCAACGAUAAUGCGCCAGUCUUUAAAAACAAUGAAAUUAAGUUUGACAUAAAUGAAAUGGCAAAAACGGGGGCUCGGUUUGUCUUAGAGAGAGCGAAUGAUCUAGAUGUUGGCCUCAAUAAUCUUCAAGAUUACACUCUUAGUACGAACGAUUUUUUUACUUUAAAACUGCACAAUCAACCUGAUGGUGAAAAAGCUGUCGAAAUGAUAUUACAGAAGCCAUUGGAUAGAGAGAAGCAAGAUCAUAUCACACUUUUAAUGACAGCAAAGGAUGGUGGAGAUCCGCAUUUGACAGGAACAAUGCAGAUACAAAUUACAGUUCUUGACGCCAACGACAAUGAACCCGUUUGCGGUCAAGCAGCAUAUAGAGCGAGUAUAGCAGAGAAUGCACCAUCGGGCACUGUUUUAACCACAGUCAGUGCUUCUGAUGCUGAUCUGGGCUCUAAUGGCAUGGUUAAAUUUUCCAUUUCUUCUGAUGGUGCACAUGAUUUGUUUAAGGUAGACGAAACCACUGGAGUCGUGAUAUUAGUUGGUAAAGUGGAUUAUGAAAAAAACAAAGUUUAUCGAAUUGAUGUCCAAGCAAAAGACCAAGGUGGACAUUCGGAUUCUUGUAAAGUUAUUAUCGACGUCACUGACGUUAAUGAUAACACACCUGCAAUAAACAUUAUGUCGAGAACUAAUAGUGUAUCUGAAGAUUCUAAACAUGGAACUGUUGUGGCAAUAUUAACUGUCCAAGACCUCGACACCAGUGAAAAUGGAAAGAUUACGUGCACAAUUUGAUAAAGACAUUCCUUUUAUGCUAAAAUCAACAGGGAAUAAUUUCUUCAGUCUAGUGACAGACGGUGAUUUAGAUCGAGAGAGAGAGUCUGAGUAUAA